AUGCAACACAUCGCUCGCAACUUUAUUACGCGCGGCAUUUCACAGAAUGCCCUACUGAUAUCUGCACUUGGAGUUCGUUCUUUAUCCACCGCUGCUUCCAGCUCACCAGUCUCACGCGCAAUAGUAUAUUCAGCCAAUGGUCCUGCUUCCUCAGUCUUGAAAGUAGUUUCGUACAAACUCGCGCCCUUGACGCCGAAAACUGUUUAUCUCAAAUUCCUCGCCGCUCCUAUUAAUCCGUCAGAUAUUAAUACUAUCGAAGGCUCUUACCCGAUCCAAGUAAAGCUCAGAAAUCUAGAAAAAGAAGGCGCGGAAGAAGAGCAACACGAUAAAGUGAAGUAUGUAAAAAAAGGAAGAAUUACGGAAGAAAAUGGUCUGGUAGCUGUCUGCGGAAAUGAAGGCGUUGCAGAGGUUAUCGAAGUUGGGAGCGAAGUUAAAAAUAUCAAGAAAGGCGAAUGGGUUAUCAUGCGAAGAUCUGGGUUUGGUACUUGGCGCACCUACGCUGCUGCAUUUGCCGAUGACUUAAUCCCGAUAGACUGUACUUCCAUCUCCCCAAUCGUCGCGUCAACUAUAUCAGUCAAUCCGUGUACAGCGUACAGAAUGUUAAAAGACUUUGUAAAAUUGAAGGAAGGUGAUUGUAUCGUGCAGAACGGAGCAAAUAGCGCUGUUGGGCAGAUGGUCAUACAGCUUGCGAAAUUUUGGGGUUUAACGAGCAUUAACAUUGUUAGGGAAAGAUCAAACUACAAUGAAGUUGUCCAGCAUCUUCGCUCCCUUGGCGCAACAUAUGUUAUCCCAGACACUAUGCUCACCACUCCAUCUUCGCUUUCCCAGUUUGUCUCCUCGCUUCCCCCUUCAACCAACGCUGUGCUCGGACUAAACUGCGUCAGUGGUCCAAUCGCGACGCAUAUGUGUAAACUACUAUCUCCUUCCGCGACCGUUGUAACAUAUGGCGCGAUGUCGCUGCAACCCAUCCGUCUUGCGGCGUCUCUGCUGAUCUUUAAGGAUUUUAGAUUUGUAGGAUUCUGGAUGACUAGAUGGUACAAGGAGAUGGAAGCAAAAGGAGGAAAUGAUAGAAAGGAAAUGUUAGAAGAACUACUAGAUAUGUUUAGAACAGGUAAAAUCAACGUUCCACAAUAUGAUGUGGUUAAGUGGGGUCAGGAGGAGAGCGAAGAGGAAGCGUUGAAUACGGUAAGUAACAUCUUGAAGAAAAGAACAAAGAUGAAUGCAAAGAAGCAGAUCUUUAGCAUGGUGUAA